AUGAGAAUUGAGAACAAGUGAGGGCGCUGCAGUGCUUCAUGAGCGAGUGCGGAACGACCGAUCCACCGAUCCAGUGAGUGUCCCCACGGUGGUCCAGCCCAGCCCCGCGAUCCAACCCUGACGGCCCCGCCCCCUUGGUCGCAACCACGCCCGCAAGUGUUCGCCGGUGGUCGGUGUCCGCCUUAGCCCGGGGCGGUGCUGGAUGAGUGAGGAAGAAUCCCGCUAGCUGCUGGCCUGCCCCACUCAGUCAGGCUGACCGUGGCCCGCCCGUGAUCCUGGCUGCUGGUGGUGCCGGGAGUGGCGGCCGCACGCCCAAGCCCAUUCAUUCACUGGCCGUGGACAAUCAGGCACAGCCAUUCAUUCUCUCCUGAACUCACCCAAAGAUUGAUUGAUUGAUUGAAUUUGUUGUUAUCAUUAUUAUUACCCUGUGAAGUGUAGCUGGAUUGCCUCGCCCGCUCUUUCAUCCCAUCAGGUCCUAUCGCCUCUCAGUGAGUCGUGUUAUUAUGGUCAUGGAUCGCCCAAUUGCGCAAGUUUCCAGCACUGCUCCGCCAGCCUCUGCUGUUGCGCCGUCCCUUUUGGCUUCUGAGCCCACUGGCGCUGGUCAACCGGCGAGCGGUCAGCCUACAAGCAUGACGCACGCCUCUGAGCCGGUGCCAAGUCCACAGUCGGUAGGGCGCGAGUUUGUGCGCCAGUACUACACGUUGCUGAACCAGGCGCCCGAGCACUUGCACCGCUUCUAUUCGCACAACUCCUCCUUUGUGCAUGGUGGGCUAGAGAGCCACGAGGCAGUCAAAGGUCAGCACCAGAUCCAUCAACGCAUCCAGGAGCUGAACUUCCAGGACUGUCACGCCAAAAUUCGGCAGGUGGAUGCUUACAGCACUCUUGAUGAUGGUGUGGUGGUUCAAGUCUCAGGCGAGCUCAGCAACAAUGGACAGCCCAUGCGCCGCUUCAUGCAGACCUUUGUGUUGGCCCCACAGUCCCGCAAGAAGUACUACGUCCACAAUGACAUCUUCCGCUAUCAGGACGAGGUCUACGGAGACGAGGACUCCUCCUCUCCGCCCUCAGAGGUCAAUGUCGAGGGCACCUACCAGAACAGUGUGUCUGCCAUGGCCAAUCAGCCUUCCCAGGAGGAGGUGGCGCCCGUUCCUCGGGAGAUGGUGGCCAGUGUGGCAACCACUAAUGGGCAUGUCCAUCACGCCUACAACGCAAAUGUGGACAAGAACGCAAAGAAUAUGAAAGGGGUGCCAGCUACCCCCAAUGCUGCGAUCUCCACUCAGGAGGGAAACUUUGCACCCAAGCAACCCACCGGCCCUGUGGUGGUGUCCGUCAAUCCGGCUCCUGCAGCCCAAACCAUUCCUUCGGCGGAGGUCCCUGUGCGUCAAGCACCCGUGGCAUCCAUCAAGAACCUCCAGGGAAACAACGCCAAUGAGAAUGGGAACAACGGUGUCUCGUCGGCUGACCUUAGUCCUGAAAAUUCACCGCAGGGCAAUACUGCCAUGGCUCGCACUACGGCCAAGGCCCACCCAGCCCCAACUCCGUCGGCUCCAAAGGCAGAUCAGCCGGAGAAAACAGCUCCAGUGUUGCAAGCAACGGCUCAAGUCGCCGCUCAACCAGCGCCGUCCCAGGUGCCUCCAAGCGAGCCCUCUGGUCCGAUCAGCUAUGCCAGUUUGGUUAAGGCCGGUCAGUCUGUGGGGGCCAAGCAGUCUGAUCCUGUUGUGACCGGCAAGCCACCCCCAGCUGUGACGGCCACUCCUGUUCUUAAGCAGGAUCCCAAGGAAGGAGGAGCGCUCCCCGCCUCGACCACCACCUUUGUGAAUAAGGGCAACGGUGGAUUCCGCGGAGGAGGAGGAGGAGGAGGGAGCGGAGGCAAUCGAGGAGGUGGUCCUGUGGCUGGAGGUCGAGGAGGAAUGACCCAGAACCCUCGAGAGCGGUUUGUGUCUUCGGGAGGACCGGAGUCCAUUGAUGGGAGCGAUUCUGGACCGUCGAACGUGUCCGGAACGGGCGGGGGUCCACCCAAUGCGGGACGAGGAAACCGCAAGCGGAUCACUUCGGCCACCAAUCCAUCAUUAAUGUUUACGGAUGCUCAGCAGCUAUUCGUGGGUAACUUGCCCCACGAUUGCACCGAGGAGUCCCUCGAGGCCGUGUUCAGUAAAUUUGGCACCGUGGCCGAUAUUCGGAUCAGCAAUAAAGGAGCCAAUCAAAGCAAGACCACGCCCGGAGGUGCUCGCGUGCCCAAUUUUGGCUUCGUGGUCUUUGAGGACGAGCGCUCGGUGCAGGAGUGCUUGAGACGCAAACCCAUUCAUCUCCCGCAAGACAACCAUCGUUUGAACGUCGAGGAAAAGAUGAACAAGUUCUUCUCCCACCGGUCGGAAGGUGGAGGCGGGCCCAACCAAGGCGGAGGCGGGAUGGGCGGCAACCGGAACUACGAUCGGGGCAGUCAAGAGCACUUGGGAGGAGGUGGCGGAAAUGCCGGAGGCAUGGGCCGGGGAGGUCCCGGUGGUGAUAGGGGUCGAGGUGGGGAUCGAGGAAUGAGAGGUGGUGGUCGAGGUGGUGGCAUGGGUGGGCGUGGUGGGAACAGUAUGUCCAAGGACCCAUAUCGUAAGCGGUCUCCUUUCAUGGCUGGUGGACCCAAUAGUAACAACAACAACAACAACAACAAUCCUCUAUGAGUGGCCUCUUCUGUCAGUAAUCUGUUACUAUGAAGAUAAUUUGUUUUGUUUGACCUAAUACGAAGAAGAUCGUGGUUUCAUCCCUAUCAUUGUUAACUAGAUUGAUGCAGAAGAAAAGAAAGUGUCGCAGAGGAUUGUCCCUGGCCCUUUUUUAUAUGGACUGUAAAAAGAAAGAGCAAACCUUCCCUUCAGAAAGAAAAGACGACAAAAAGUGUAACUUUGACGAAACAUGUGAUCUACAAACCAUCUAGGACAAGCAAUUCAAUCAGUGAAUAUGACUGUUGUUCCCCCUCAUUAAGUUCUCCACCUUCAUCAUCAUCAUCAACGUUUCUGAGUUCGACUUCGCGUCAAUUCAAAUACCACCACCUCCCCGGAAUCAAGUGCGAAAGAAACAAUUGAAGAAGAAAACUAUUAUUGAUUCUAGUGACUAAAAAGGAAACAAGUGCUGUGUUCGAUUUCUGUCCCUCCCCUCCCCUCCCCACCUUAUUAUCUCCCAUUCUCCUUCUAGCCUCCCCUCUUUCUUUCUCUCAACCCAUUUUAAUUCGACCCCUUACCAGACGCGAUUCUUCGGCUCCAGAAUUUCUUUCCAAAUCUAUGGGAGGCUCAUUCUUCUGUGCGCCUUAAUCGUGGGCCUUAAACGCCAAAGGAAAUUGGCCUUGUAAACAAGAGGAAAAAAGUGCGGAAGAAUCAACCUGAGGUCGUGAGCAACCCGGCAUUCAAUUCUUCGUUUCUGACUUUUAUGCACCCCACCCCUUAUUAUUAUUAUAAUCAUUAUUACUACUAUUAUUAUCAUCAUCAUCCAACUUUUGCUCCCUCUCUGUCUCUCUCAGUUGUCUGUCUUUUUUGUAGUCCAGGAGUAAUUACAAUAACUAUUAUCACGCUAAAAUUGAUGAAAAAGAAGAAAACACCCCUCUUUCAAUCAGUAUGAAAACAGAAAAAACACAUAGUUAAAAUAAUAAGAAGUAAUGAUAUUGAAAAAAGUAAAGGUACACCGAACACAAGCCCUCCUCAAGGACAAUUAGGUUCCUUUGGCUUUGGAGACCGACCCUUGAAUUGAUUUAAAACCAAAACAAAAUGAAUGAACGAGACACCAUAUCCUGAUUUUUGACUCCAAACUUUCUUAUCAGUUUCCGUUUCCACCUCCCACCACGAUUUCGUGUACAUCCAUGCUGAUUCUCUUGAAUAAGAUGUUGCUUUUGAUUAAGAAAAAAACAAUUAAUAAGAUUAAUAAUACACGAAUAAAACCA